AUGUCUAUCUCUAUUCCAGCCCUUGCAUUGAUUUGUGCCCCCAACACGUCUAGUUUUCUCUGUUACGACAUGAUCCGACACUCGCAAGAUGAGCCCCAGGGAGGGCCGACCGCCCGACCCACAUCCAAUGACGGCCGCAGACAAUGGAAACUGUUGUUCAGUUUUUCAAGGAAGACACACAUACCCAUAUUUGCGGUGGGUGUACUUCUUUCGGCCGCUGCGGGACUGUUGCAACCAGCCCUGGCAAUUGUUUUUGGGAGAUACUUCCAAGCUUUCUCGGAUUUUGCAUCUGAAGAGGAUGAUGGGAGGACUCUCAUGGAUAAGACUAUGAGCAGUGUCUAUGCCCUCCUAGGCAUUGGCCUGGGUACCUUCCUCUCUAAGGCCGGCCUCUUCGCUUCCUGGCAAACCUUUGGGGAGUUGCAAGCACGAAGUAUUCGUGAGCAGCUUUUUCAAGCUCUUUUGGACCGGGAAGUUGAAUGGUAUGAGGAGCGGACGACCGGUGUUGGUACGCUCCUCACAAGGCUUCAAACGCAGAUUCGAGAUCUCCAGCUGGGAACGUCGCAGCCGUUUGGCCUCUCGAUCCUAGGUCUCGUUCAGGGGUUGUCAUCACUUAGCAUAGCCUUCUACACGAACUGGAGGUUGACCCUCGUCGUUCUUUCUGUCGUUCCUGUCAUCGCUCUCGGCGUCGGCAUCCUCUCUCAGCAAGCGCAGUCACAUGUUGAGAAGCACGAGCAGAAAUUGACACAAGCAACCAAGAUGGCAAAUAACAGCAUCAGCAAUAUUGUGACCGUUAAGUGUUUCAACGCCCAAGAUCAUGAAUGGCGCCUGUAUCACACAGCAGUGAGAGAAGCAGCUGCGUCUUGUCUAAAGCAAGGUAUAUUCAGCGCUGCGCAGGUAGGGUUUGUUCGAUUUGCCGCAGGAUUCUGGUUCGGAGGGACCCAGGUCCAUUCUGGCAAUAUAACCCCUGGAGAGGUGGUGACAGCAUUUUGGGCUUUUCUGAUAGCGACAAAGUCCUUCGAGGAUAUCCUCCCACACAUUAUCGUGCUUCAGCGCGCCCAAGCCGCCGCUGCCUCUCUCAAGAAUGUGUUGGAUAGAGUCUCUAAAGGACGCACGCACAAGUCUCGCCCUGGCCGGUCACCGCAGUUCUGUGGAGGGAAGAUAGAGGUUCAAGCUGUUACUUUUGCAUAUCCAGCUCGUCAAAGCCAGCUUGUACUUCGGGAUUGUUCCUUUUCCUUCCAACCCGGGCACAUAACUUUCAUCAUCGGCAAAAGCGGCUCUGGAAAAAGCACCAUUGGUCAACUACUCCUCGGGUUCUACCAGGUAUCAAGUGGAAAAGUAUUGAUUGAUGGCAUUGACCUGCAGGAUAUUGCGACGAGUUGGGUCCGAAACAACAUCACAUUGGUUCAGCAGCAAACGACCUUAUUCAAUGAGACAGUCUUUGCCAAUAUUGCUCUGGGGCACAAUGAGCCCGGACGGGUUACUGCCUCGCAGGUAAGCCACUGUGUUCAGCUAGCAGACUUGCAAGCUACCAUAGACGCUCUCCCAGGAGUGGAUACACGAGUUGGUCGUGGCGGUUCCUCAUUAUCAGGCGGCCAGAAGCAGCGAAUUGCUAUUGCCCGGGCCCGGCUCAGAGAUACGCCUGUACUAAUACUGGAUGAAGCAACAAGCGCGCUCGAUCCUAUCAGCAGAGUUGCUAUAAUGCAAGGAAUCCGCCGCUGGCGUCGAGGCAAGACUACCAUCAUAAUCACCCAUGAUUUGACUCAGAUCGAAGGGCACGACAUGGUAUACAUUCUGGAGAGUGGACGGGUCAUACGCCAAGGUCAUUGGAGCGAACUAGGUGAUGUCGGUAAAGAAGUUGUCGGCAGUAACGAGUCUUCCAAGUCCAACCACUAUCCGCUCAGCAGAAAAUGGCCAGCCAAGCAUCAUUUGAACGACGGAGACGCUGAAUUUGGCGCCAUGACCUCGCCGACAGGCCCUUACAGGAAGGAUUCGUUCGGCGUUGGUGCAGAUGCAAUCGUGAAAGACGAAUCCACGCGAUACACUUCACUCCCCGGAGACUCCCGUACCUUCCGGGAGCGCUUGAAGAAGGGGCUAUCUACCAGCACUGAAGCCGCAAUAAAGAACCUCAAGCGACAGUCUUUGGCUCGCGCCAAAGCUAUGUACGUCCUUGGGCCAGGGAUGCCUCAAAGUGGGCGAUUUCAAGGGCAAAGUGGUGUCCCGGAAGCCAGAGGCGACAUCAGCAGAUAUGCAACCGCCGUCAUAGCCGUUCCUCGCACACCAGGGUUUGAGAGCAAAAUGCUUCCUAUACCUCCAUUGGACAUUGAACUCUCCAACAGAAUCGACGGUUUCAGCUACACCCGUGGUGAAAGAAGCGCCUCAGUAGGGGAACAAGAGCUCAAAACACACCGUAUCUCUACUAUUCUGGCAAGCGUCUGGCCAAUCCUCCAGACGGCAGACAGACUUAGGCUCAUCUGUGGAUUGGGGGCUGCACUUUGUCAUGCUGGAGCGCCAGCAGCUUUUUCAUACACUCUCGUCCAGGUCUUCGCCACCUAUUCUCUGCCCACUGGAUACCGAGAAAAAGCGCUGAAAUACUCUCUGGCAGUGCUUGGAAUAGCUAUGAUGGAUGGAAUUGCAUCGUUCUCCAUGCAUUAUCUCCUCGGCAGUGUAAGUCAGACCUGGGUAGAUGGUCUUCGAACGUCAGCAAUGAAAAAUAUUCUCCGCCAGCCUAAAGGCUGGUUUGACGAAGAGAAGAAUGCCACAAGCCUCCUCAUAUCUUGCUUGGAUCGGAGCGCUGAAGACAUGAAAGAUCUUGUGGGACGGUUUGCCGCUCAAUGGCUCGUUGUGGCAAUUAUGCUUGUGGCAGCAGUUAUAUGGUCGUUCAUCACAUGCUGGAAGAUUACACUUGUCAGCCUUGCAGCAUCGCCUCUCCUCUACCUGCUCACCAGAUGCUUCGAGUCGACCUCGUCUCAUUGGGAGAGGCGAACGAAUGACGCAUGUGAGCAGAUCGGCGAGAUUUUUGUUGAAGCUUUCACAGAUAUAAAGACUGUUCGAUCACUUACACUUGAAUCAUACUUUCACAAGAAAUAUUGCCACGCCACGGCCGAGGCAUUCUCCAUUGGAAGGCAACGAGCGAUAUCCAGUGGCCUUUUCUAUGGUUUGUCGGACUCGGCAAUCAUAUUUUUCACGCCGUUGAUUUUCUGGUAUGGAGGCCGCCUAGCCAAAGACAGAGAGUGGCCUGUGAAAUCCAUCUUGGAGGUCUUCUCACUCCUUCUCUUCUGUACUGCCAAUGCCUCUGCAGUGGUGACUUACAUUCCGGACAUCAGUUCAGCAAAGGAUACUGCCAACAGACUCCUACGCCUUGUCAGGGCGCCAGUUAUAACGCAUGAAAAUUCCGGGAGAACCGAGCUGGACGUGAAGGAUCCCAACACUCUCUAUGGGCCCAUCCACUUUAUCAAUUUGACAUUCUUCUAUCCCACUCGCCCUGAUACGGCCGUUCUUCGACAGUUAAACCUCACCCUACCUCCCGGGAAAUGCACAGCCAUUGUGGGGGCGUCAGGGUCUGGCAAAUCUACAAUUGCUGCUCUCAUUCUUGGCCUCUAUCCGCCAUCCGCCGACAACAUGGUCCUUUCAUCACCCACCGAUACCUCAGGUGGUCCGCCGUCCUUAACGCUGGCUGGCCGGGAUAUUCGGACCCUCGAUCUCGCAAGCCUACGUUCGCUCAUAGCGAUUGUGCCACAAACCCCGGUCCUUCUCCCUGCAACCGUCCGUGAGAAUAUCAGCUACGGUUUACCAUCCAACUCACCUUUUCUGUCUGCAGCGCGCAUCGAAUCAGCCGCGCGUUCGGCUGGGAUUCACGAGUUCAUCCAGUCGUUGCCCCAAGGUUACGCAACAGUGGUAGGAGAUGGUGGGCAAGGAGUGUCCGGAGGUCAGGCACAGCGCAUCGUUAUCGCACGUGCGCUCGUGCGAGAUCCUAGGAUAUUGAUUCUGGACGAAGCAACAAGUGCCCUUGACGAAGAGAGUGCAGAUAUUAUACGCUCCAGCAUCAGGAAGCUGGUCGCUCGGAAAGGACAGAGAAUGACUGUCAUUAUGGUGACACAUGCGAAGGAGAUGAUGGCGGCCGCCGAUCAUGUGGUAGUGCUCGACCGAGGAACUGUCGUCGAACAAGGUUCUUUCGAAAACCUUUUGGCCAGGAGAGCGGCGUUGUGGACGCUGUUGAACGCUGAACAGAAGAAGGACGGGCUUGCAGACGCUUGA